CGCUCUGAUGAUAAAUGCUCAUCGAUCCCGCCUCGACAUAAACUGUGACGUGUCAUCACGCUGCAAAUAGUCCCGCGAAAAAUCCCUGGGACUUCGACCGUCGACACCAAAACAAGAACCGGAACAAGAACCAGAACCAGAACCAGACCCGUUUAGAGACGUCAUGGUGCAGGAGUUUCACGUGGUUCGAUGUUUCACCUGUAAAAAGUUCCAGGUUCAACAGGUGAAGAAGGCCACCAGGUGGAGCUGUAAAGUCUGUGGAGAGAAGCAGUCCCUGCUCAAGGAGUUUGGGCGGGGCUCCGGGCCGGACUGCAGACGUCAUGUUCAGAAACUGAACUCCAUGGUGGAGGAGCAGGAGGAGUCACCAUGGGAACCUGAGGAGGGGAAAAACGACCAGGUGACCGUGACACAGACUCAGGUGAGUCGCUGGAGCAAAUACAUGGCAACACCUGAGGAGGCGGAGCUAGAGGAGGACCAGCAGCUGCAUGGCAACAACAUGACUGACAGGAGGAGAAGAGAUUCACCCGAGCAGCUCUGCAGGAACCCUGAGAAACCAUCAGCCAGAACCAGCCGUCCCCCCGAGUCCAGCCGGGCCCGUUCCCGGUCACCAAAUGAGAACAAAUUGAGUUGUGGUCAUUUUUCCAGGGGGACUUGUUUCCUCGGUUGUGACUCUGAGCUCCAGGAGUCACAUGACCCAGUUGUCAAUGGGGGGUGUCAACAAGUGGGUGGGGACACAUCUCUGUCCUGUGGUGACAUCAUCACCUGCUCCCGCCCACUACUUCCUGUUUCCUCCCUGUUUGAGACUGAAGAUGAUUUCAGCUGUGACAAUGAUGAGUUUUAAUUAGAAUAAUUAAACAUUUGUCUGUUUCUUUGUUGUUGUUUUUGUUAUUCUCUUUAAUGAAUGACAAAACCUGAAUAGUUUCAGGUUGAUGUCAGCGAUAAGAUAUUUCUGUUUGAUCAAUAAAAAUAUUGUAUUAAAAAAGUAUUAAAAUAAGCUGAUUAAAAAAAUUCAGACCUUCA